AUGCCCCUGUCUCACCUGCAGGGAGUUAAGAUCCCGGCCUCGGCUGAUUUCCAUGUUCACCUGCGCGAUGGACCGAUGAUGGAACUGGUGACGCCCACCAUCCGUCAGGGUGGUGUGAACACCGUCUUCGUGAUGCCCAACCUGGUCCCUCCCAUCACGACCGUCGACCGCGCUCUGGAUUACCAAAAGCGCCUGCAAGCCCUCGAACCCAACGUCAACUACCUCAUGUCGUUGUACCUGCACGAGACCAUCACCCCCGAGACCAUCAUCGAGGCCAAGAAGCGCGGUAUCACCGGUGUCAAGAGCUACCCGGCCGGCGUGACCACCAACUCGAGCUCCGGCGUCGUCGACUAUACUUCCUUCUACCCCGUCUUCGCGGAGAUGGAGCGUCAGAACAUGAUCCUGAAUCUGCACGGCGAGGCUCCCUCCCAGGGUGACGUGACGGUGCUGUCGGCCGAGGAGCGCUUCCUCCCCAAGCUGUUCGAGCUGCACGAAAAGUUCCCCAAGCUCCGCAUUAUCCUGGAGCACUGCACCACUGCUGCUGCCGUCGAGGCGGUCAAGAAGUGUGGUCCUACCGUCGCCGGUUCCAUUACCGCUCACCACCUUUCCAUCAUCAUCGAUUCGUGGGCGGGUGAUCCAUUCUGCUUCUGCAAGCCCGUCGCGAAGACCCCCGCCGAUCGGGAUGCCCUUCUCCGGGCCGCGGCUUCGGGCAACCCCAAGUUUUUCUUCGGUUCCGAUAGCGCCCCGCACCCUGCUGCCUCCAAGCGUGGCGGUGAGAAGAUUGCUGCCGGUGUCUUCACUCAGCCCUAUACUACCCAGGUCGUGCUCGAUUCCUUCGAGCAGGCCAUUGAGAACGGUGUUCUCAAGGACGAGGAUAUCACCGCGGAUAUUGUGGAGGGAUUCAUGAGCAAGUUCGGUCGCGCCUUCUAUGACAUUGGAGAGGAGACCAAGGAGUUCAUCACUCUCGAGAAGAAGGGAGAGAAGAUCCAGGAGAUCCUCAAGUCGGAUAAGACCGACGUUGUCCCCUUCCGCAAGACCCAGGACACAUGGACAGUGACCUGGUCAUAG